GGUGCGGGGGGCGAGUUUGAGGACUGAGCGGUGGCGAUGCCCGUGCGGCUUCCGGCGAUGUGGCGAUGGCGGCUCCCGGCGCUGCUCCGGGCCGGGCCAGGUCCCGGCGGAGUCGCGGCGCCCCGCGCGGGGCUCAAGAAGUUGGUGCUGCCGCCGGAUUACAGUGGAAUCACCUUCCCGGAGAAACCGAAGCUGAAGUUCUUGGAAAAGGUGCCGGCGGUGCCCAAGGUUCGGCGGGAGCCGCGGAGGCUCCGUGAUAUCCGCGGGCCGUCCCGGGAGGCCACCGACUUCAUCCAGGGGCAGUAUGGGAUCCUGGCUCUGGGCGGGGGGUACCUGCACUGGGGCCACCUGGAGAUGAUCCGGCUGACCAUCGGGCGCCACAUCGACCCCAAGUCCAUGUUCGCCGUGUGGCGCGUCCCUGCCCCGUCCAAGCCGGUGACGCGGAAGAGCCUGGGGCACCGCAUGGGGGGCGGCAAGGGCCCCAUCGACCGCUACGUGACGGCCGUGCGCAGCGGGAGGCUCGUGGUGGAGGUGGGCGGUCGCUGCCACUUCGGCCAGGUGCGGCCCUUCCUCGCCCAGGUGGCCCAAAAACUGCCCUUCCCAGCCGUACCCGUGAGCCAGGAGAGCCUCCAGGAGAUGCGGCGGGAGGAGGAGGAGAAGAGGCUCAACAACCAGAACCCCUGGACUUUCGAGCGUGUCGUCACCGCCAACAUGCUGGGCAUGAGGAAGUACCUGAGCCCCUACGACCUGCGGCUCCAUGGCCGCUACUGGGGCAAGUUCUUCCUCAAGCACCGGGUCUGAGGGGCAUGGAUGGCAUUCCCGUGGGAUUGAACCGGCGCGCCGGAGCCUACAGGGACGCUCGGAGGUGGGAACCCGUUGCUGGGAGCAUCCCGGUGGGAUACGUGGAGCGGGUUGUGGAGCUGGGAGCGUCCUGGGGGAUCCAUGGAUCAGGGUUUGAGGCACAAGGCAAAGGAUGGAUGGGCUCUGCCCUGAGGUGGGUUAUGGAGCUGGAAACCGGGAGUUGGGAGCAUCCCGGGGAAUAAAUGGAUCAGGGUUUGAGGUA